AUGAAGGCGUUCAAGAAGUGGCAACGCAACCGCAAGUUCCGCUCAGCUGGACCCGGACGGCGACUUGACGAGAGUCCGUCCGAGCGCGCGGAAGCCGGGAGUACCCGGACAGCGGGCAACUCAUCGUCAACAUCAUCGUCAUCGUCUGUUGCUGCUGCUGCCGGUGCUGGUGCUGGUGCUGGUGCUGGUGCUGGUGCUGGUGCUGCUCCACCUUCGUUAUCGUCGGCUGCUGCUGCUGCAUUGGCUCGUGUGGCCGGUCCGAGCGGUACGGGCAAGGCAUCAUCGUCAUCGUCGCCAUCGUCAACUGUGCCAUCAAACUCGUUGGCUGAUCGGAGACGGGCGGCGCGGGCGGCUGUGGCGAGUGAGGCCUGCCCGGUGUGUGGAGCAUCAGUACUGGUGGUGGAUCUGCCGGCGCAUGUUGUGGCUUGCCGUGCAAAGGCGGCAAAGGCAGCGGCAAAGGCUCAGGAGGAGCGGAUCGGUCUGGCGUACACCUGCCCUGUCUGCACCCUUGUCACGCCCAAGGCUGCUGCCAUGACCCAUCUCCGCGAGUGCUGUCUCGCCAAGCUCGCGGUCGAUCCGGAGGACUUUGAGGCGUCGGCAACGCUAGUCCUCACUGCCCCGCGGGACGUCCGCGAUCCAUGCGUGGCUACCAUGCUCAAGUACAUGGACAACAUCCUUGCCCAUCCGGACGAUCCCAAGUAUCGCCGGAUCAAGACGUCCAACAAAGUCUUCUCCACCCGGAUUGCUCCAGUCUCGGGUGCGCUGGCCUUCUUUGCCGCCAUCGGCUUUGUGGAGCAGCCGCCCAAGCCUGACGACAAGGACCAGUCGGCCACGUACCUUGUGCUCGAGGAUGGCUUCCCUCUUGAGGCGCUCGAGUACCUCCGGGUCGGCCUCGACUCGCGCUCGCUUAAGCUCACACCCAAGCUCGACCGCUCGCUGACAAUCAUUGCGCCGCUCCCAGAUGCAGUGGCUGGCGAGGAGGAUGGCACGUUCUUUGAGCGUUCAGCGCAGGAGCUGCGGGCCGAGGCUGCUGCCCGGCGUGCGGCACUCGAUCGGGCCCGUGAGGUCCGUGCCCGCUCGUCGGCGCCCAGCGACUCGCCGCGGGUUGCGUAUCAGUUUUGUGCCGUCCGCUUUGCCAUCGGCGCUUCGCGGACGCUAGUGCAGGGCAACUUUAGUGUCCAUGAGCCGGCGUCGGCUCUCUUUGAGUUUGCGGCCUCGCUCCUUGCCAGUCCGGUGCCGUUUGGCAUUCGGUUGCCGUCGUCGCGGGUCGUGGCGCUUGAUGCUGUUGUUGACUUGUCGAUUGCCGAUCUCGAUCUCGGCGAGCGAUGA